UAAUGGACAAUUCGACAUCCAAGCCAAGCUAUUCAGACUCAAGUGCAGAGGUAGCAGAGGAAGAUCUUGACUCACUACAUUCUUCCAAAAUGUAUGAGUUCUCAAAACAAAACAGAAUCUAUCAAAAAGAAAUGGGAUGAAACAAAAAGAGAGGAACUGGGUUUGAAGAGUACAACGAUCCUAAGAAUUUGUACUCCCCUGUGAAGCACUCCCGUCAGAACGAGUCUGAGAUUAAUGAUGAUAUAAAAGAUCUUGAGUCACAGAUGAGCAAUCUUCAGAUUUCAAAAUAAAACUACAGAUCAAACUUAUUAUAAACCCGAGAGUCGAUCUGAGAAGUAUCAGGUUCAAGAGGAAGAGAAAAAUCAGAGAAUUAUCAAAACACCUAAUAAAACCAAGAAGGCCAAAACUGGCUUUCGCUUUUGGAACUUCUUCACUUGGGGGUGCAAAGGGAGGUCUAAGGUGACGAAACUUAAGAAGUUACCGAAGAAGGACAGAAGAGAGACGAGUGUUGGUGAACACAAUAGCAAGGAAGGUCAGAAACUUAAGAAUAGUAAUUCUUGUGAUAGCAACUCACUUGCCUAUGGGGAUUCUGAUAAUGAUUCAAAUAUUGAUCGGUAUACAGACAAGCACAAAGGAAGGAAUCGUAUGAAAAAUGCUGAAACAAUGCCAAAUAAGAGAACGCUUACAAUUUAUAAAUCAAGGGAGGUCAGCCCUGAUAGUGACGACUGAAGUAGCUUUUCAGCAAGUGGAAGUGACGAUAGUAAAGAUCAAAGCUCUACAGGGUCAAAGAGGGCAAAACAUGAGCAUAAGGACAGCAAGUCACGCCGCAGACAUUCUUCUGAAGAUUCUGAACUUCAGAGAGAUCCCUCCUCAAGCCAAGAUAGCAAAGAGAGUGGAGAUACUUCUUCUGACAGAGAAGAGGAAGAUCCUGAUAAUAGUUUUCCUUUUGAAGUGAGUGAGUCUUAUCUUCCAGAGGAGAAUUACAAGAUGAAUAGCUACAGUUGUGAGCAAGAUGAGAUCUCUGGCUCUCCAAGAGAGCCCAGCAGAGGUUUGAAUGGCAGAGAGAGCUCUGCCAUGAAUUACAACUGCGGUGAGAGUGAAGCAGGAAGAGAAACUUUCACAAGGUUCAGGAAUAGUGAAGCCAAAGUUGCAAGCUAUCGAAAAUCAACCCUCAAAAAGUUUAUUUGGACUCAAAAAGACGAUGACCUUCUCAUAAAGAUAGUUAAAAAGCAGAAAAUUAAAAACAAGGGAGAAAUCAAUUGGGCUAAGAUUGAGUUUGAUCUGGCUGAAUCAAGGCCUUAUGCCACCCACCAAUUAUCAAGCAAAGACUGCAAGAAAAGAUACCAUCAGUUGACUAAAAAGAAAGCAGUCAGAGAUUGGACAGACCAGGAAGUUAAAACUUUAUUAAAAUUACAUAAAAAGUUUGGGAAUAAAUGGAAGACGAUUGCCAAAAAGAUUGGCACCAAAAAUGACAAACAAUGAAAGUACAAAUUUGAAGAAUUAAAGAAAGAAGGUCUUAGAACAAAUCUAAAACCAAGCUAUCGAGAGUCUCUCUAUUACAAGAUCGAUGAGAGUAUUGAAGAAGACGAAGAAACUAAGCAUGAUGAUAUCCCUGUCCGAAUGAAUAGUGGGGAGCAAUAUAGACUACAAUUUAUAGAGAAUAGCCAAAGUGGCACCUCUAGAGGUUCUGAUUUCUUCCAAAGGGCUUCUUUUGUUCCUAAGGCUAUGGAGGUUCAAAGAAUCGAAGAGGAGUGAAUGCAUUAAAUCAUCUUUAACUUUUCUAUAAUGUAAGCAAAUUUAUAUAAUUUAUU